GAUCUAAUUUUUAAUUUAGAUAGCAUUUUCAGAGUUAAUAAAUGAAAAGCUUUAGUUUUUUAAACCUUAUUGACUAAAUAUAAUAGAUGAAUGGAAUUUGAAGAGAUUGGUCAAACAAUUUACUCUAGUACUAAACAAGUUCUUUAUCGUGAAUUGGAAUCAAUUGAGAAAACUAGCUGCGAGCUAUUUGACAACAUUUCAAAGGCAUGUUCAAGUAAAACUUUCAAGCCUGAGCAAUCUACUCAAGUAGACAAAUUGGUUGAGAAGUUGUUAGAACAAGAUAGUGAUCUGCAGGAAACAUUACAAAAAGCAAUAAAGCAACUUGAACAGCACAAAUUAGUGAAACAGUUGCAAGAAGAAAUAAAGAAAAAAGACCAAGAGCUUUCACUGUUUCAUAGCCAAUUAAAGGAAGCUGAAAAUAUUUUAGCUACUGCUCUUCAUCAAGCAAAGAAAAAGCUGCUAACAGCAGAGCAAGCCAAGAGUUCUUCUGUGUCAUGUGAGGAACUUAUCAAGUUUGCAUUUCGAAUAAGUAGCGGUAACUCUGUUGAAGCACCUCCAGGUUGGGUUCCAGGUGAUCCUCGUAGACCUUAUCCAUUGGAUAUUGAAAUGCGAUGUGGCGCUCUAGGACAGUCCAUUCAAAGAAAUGUUCUUGAGCCAGCAAUAAAGGAAGAAUUUAUUGAAAAUACUAAAAAUGAUGAAAAUAAAAAGUUGUAUUUAGACAAAGAUGAAGAUGAGCGGUUUGGUAAUGGCGGCAUUUGGCAGGGACUUUCUGGAGAUAUGGAUAAUCUUUCAACAAUGCCGCCUUCUACUUUGUCGUCAGUGAAUGGACCUUCGAAUGCCGAGGAAAUAGAGUUUAUGUCGACAUCUUCCGACUCUUCUUCAAGUGGAGAAAGUAAUUAACAUUAAUUGGUAUUAAAUUACACAUCAUGGCAACUUGUUAUAUUUCCAAAAUUUUCAGCGCGUUCUAAGAUAUCUUUAAAAAAAUUAUAUCGAUUGAAAAUCAAUUUUAUUUUCGAUUUCAAGAGUUAUAAAAAUAUACGAAGAAAAAUAAUUUUCUAGAAUAUUUAUAAACGACAAUUAUUUUUUAAAAUUUUUUUUUCAGUUUACCUCAAAACGCUUUGUCCUACGUUUUUUGAAAAUUACAUGUCCACGACAGACACCAGAUAAUCGGUAUCGCGUAAGUUGAUACUGAGAUUAAUAAUUUUGUAUCAUAUUGUAUCGCUUAUAUACUAUUGUCAAUACCAUCGUUACUGGUUCGAUACCACACUAUACUAAUAACAAAAAAGAAUCGUAUGAUAUUGAACAAUGACAUAAUGUUAAUUGAUAUCGAGUUAAUAAUGAACAACUAAUUGACGCCGGACAUUCACUCCGAUUACAAUGAAAGAUUUGUUUGAUAUGCGUAACAUCCGAGGAUCGUUUCACUAUAAGAUAAGAGUGGAGAAAACAAGAGCCACCGCGGAAAUGAUUAAUCAAAUGAUUACGAACAAAUCGGACUACGACCUCACUGAAGCGGAUAGGCAAGUAUUUAGCAGAGGGUUGGGAUUUAUUCAAAACGACCAAUACGUUCCGGAAAAGAUGUUCAGAGAUACAAUAUCAAAAUUAAAAAGGAAUAUGCUACUGAGAGUUUAUUUUAAGGACAAUGAAGGACCACCCCAAACAAACACCAAUGAAGAGGAGACUUGACACGGUUUAAAACCCACCUGCAUCCAACAAUGCAAAUAUAAAUCUUUUCUUUGAAAGGAUUAAGAGUGAAACGGACACAGUGCUAAAUGAGAGAAUGAAGAUAGCACACCCCAACCUAACGAAAAACAUGAAAGAAGCCAUCUUAACACUAAAAAAUAAUAACAAUAUCAUCACCAAGCAAGCUGACAAAAGUGGUAGCAUCUGCAUCUUAAACAGGAGAGAUUUUGAAGAGAAAAUUAACACCAUGCUAGCAGAUGAAUCCACAUAUAAACUCCUACAAUACGACCCCACCAUAGAAAUGGCACGGAACGUUGUAUCGACAAUUGAUUACAUCUUAUUCAAAGGAGUGAUUGACGAAAAGACUGCAAAUUACAUACGUCCAAACAAUCCUUUUCGCCCUCCCCUGUUCUAUGGACUCCCCAAAAUACACAAAACUGGAAUUCCUCUCCGACCUAUUGUAUCUGCUUGCGAUGGUCCCACAGACCACCUCUCAUACUUUGUGACUAAGUUCAUACAACCACUAGCCGAAACACUUCCAUCAUAUUUUAGAGACUCCACACUUUCUUCACAUGCUCCUAAAUCAACCGCUACCGCCUUAAAAAUACAUCUUCGUCACCGCUGACGUUACCUCCCUGUACACUAACAUACUCCAUAUAGAUGGUAUAGAAGCCAUCAAACUACUUUUUAAUAACAUACCACAUGACCUAAGACCACCCAAUUCACCACCUGUAGCAUAUAUACAGAUUAUGAUUGACACCAUUCUGACAAACACGACGUUCCAGUUUGACGACCGCAACUAUUUACAAAUGACAGGGACAUUGAUGGAUACACGUAUGGCACCACCAUACGCUAGCAUAUUCAUGGGCACAUUAGACGAAGCCAUCACUGGACAAUUUAAAGACUGCAUCACGUUCUACAAAAGAUUCAUCGAUGAAUUUUUUUCAUAUUCACAGGCACUAUAGAAGAUCUCGAACAUGUUAUAACAUUUAUGAACAACCUGCACCUUUUUACUUUUAACCACUCAGAUACUUCCAUUGAUUUUAUGGACCUAACUCUCUACAAUAACCAUCUAGAUAAAAUACAGAGUACAAUUCACCGUAAACCCACCGACACAAUGAGCCUUCUACAUUUCAGUUCAUACCACCCACAUCAUAUCACAUCAGGUCUCAUUCACAGCCAAGCAAUCAGAUACAAUAGGCUUAUAUCUGACUCCCACCACCUAUAUAAGGAGCUCCGCACAUUAGCGCGACAAUUGGUUCUUAAGGGGUACCAUCUUGAUAUUAUCAACAGAAACAUCACUAAAGCCCUAUUACACACACAGAAAGAUCUUAUCCACAAAGACAAAGAAGCUGAUGACACCCACAUCUUCCCCAUAGUCACACCUUACAAUGAACAAGGUAUACGUAUCAACAACGCGAUAUUACACAACUGGCACUUUAUCCACAAUGACCCAGAACUCUGCACACUAUUUCCACCGGUACUAAACAUCCACUGUUUGCUCUAGUUCGUAUUCAGCUGGUAGGACGUACUUCUGCUCCCACCCGCAUGUUACAAUGUAUUUCAAUUAUUUUACACAUAAAAUAUACCGCCUAUGUUGUUUA